GGAUUUAAUUUGAUUUUUAUUUCAAUUUUUGAUGGAAAGCACAACUAGUUCUGAUAGUACUUUGAAAUAUCCCGAUAGAACUUGUACUUCUGCAAAACAAACUACACAAUAACGCAGGAAAGCGUAGGAGGAAGUCAUCAUCCUGAGAAUUUGCCUAUGUCCUCCACUUCUUCUUAUCUUCCUAUCCCUCCCUCCACACCCUCUCGUCACACUGACCUUUCCUCCAACUACCACCACCGUAAAGCCUCUCGCUUUACUGUCUCACCAUCAUCGAAUCCCACUCUCAGAGCCCCUACAAUCCGCUCUCGACUUAGCUGGCUCUGUCAUAAUGUUUUUAAGACAAUGCCUAAGAGAGAUGUGAUUGGUUGUAAUACUAUGGUUUCUUGGUAUGUGAAGACGGAGAGAUAUGUAGAAGCGAUUAGACAAUUUAGGAUAAUGAUGAAAAUGGGGAUUAAACCAAGUCCAGUAAGUUUUGUCAAUGUUUUUCCUGCUCUCUCGAGCAUUGGCCACUACAAGAAUGCAAAUAUUCUUUAUGGGAUGCUUCUUAAAUUAGGUAGUGAAUAUGUAAAUGACUUGUUUGUUGUGAGUUCAGCAAUAUCAAUGUAUGCUGAGCUUGGUUUCCUUGAUCUUGCUAGGAAGGUUUUUGACCUUUGUUUGGAGAAGAAUACAGAAGUUUGGAACACUAUGAUUUGUAGUUAUGUACAGAAUGAUUACUUCUUCCAAGGAAUUAAUCUAUUUCUUCGGGCUAUAGAAACUGAACAGACUGUUCUUGAUGAUGUAACCUUUCUCUCAGUUAUAACAGCAGUUUCACAGUUGCAGCGUUUGGACUUGUGUCAACAGCUGCAUGCCUUUGUAAUUAAGAAUCUAACAGUACUACCAGUGAGGAUACUGAAUGCAAUCAUUUUCAUGUAUUCGAGGUGCAAUUCUGUCUGCACAUCAUUCAAAGUUUUUUUGAAGAUGCCAGAAAGAAAUGCUGUCUCAUGGAAUACCAUGAUUUCUGGUUUCAUACAGAAUGGAAUGGAUGAUGACGGGUUGAUGCUUGUGUAUGAGAUGCAGAAGCAAGAAUAUACAGUUGAUUGUGUGACAGUAACUUGUCUGCUCUCUGCAGCAUCUAAUCUUAGAAACCAAGAGAUUGGAAAGCAGAUUCAUGCAUAUCUUGUUAGGAAAGGCAUAAAAUUUGAUGGAAUGGACGGCUAUCUUAUAGACAUGUAUGCUAAAUCAGGUUUGAUUAGGACAUCACAGCGCCUUUUUGAGAAGAACUAUAUUAGAAAUAGAGAUCAAGCCACAUGGAAUGCAAUGAUUGCUGGGUACGUACAGAAUGGGUUGAUUGAAGAAGCUUUUGUUACCUUUUCACAAAUGCUAGAGCAAAAUCUAAGGCCUAAUGCUGUGACCUUAGCAUCCAUUAUCCCAGCUUGUAACCCAUUGGGAAUUGUAGAUUCCGGAAAGCAGCUCCAUGGAGUCUCCAUCCGUUAUUUAUUGGACCAUAAUAUCUUUGUAAGAACUGCCCUUGUUGACAUGUACUCUAAAUCAGGCGCAAUUAAUUAUGCUGAAAGUGUUUUUACCAGAUCUUCUGAGAAAAAUUCUGUCACAUGCACGGCAAUGAUAUUGGGUUACGGCCAACAUGGGAUGGGGGAGAGAGCUCUCUCUUUGUUUCACUCAAUGCAGAAAUCUGGUAUUGAGCCUGAUGCAGUUACUUUUGUUGUGGUCUUGUCAGCUUGCAGUUAUGCUGGUUUGGUUGAUGAAGGUCUUCAGGUAUUUGAGUCAAUGAAGAGAGAAUUUAAGAUUCAGCCUUCAAUUCAGCAUUAUUGUUGUGUUGCAGACAUGUUAGGAAGAGUUGGGAAAGUGAUUGAAGCCUAUGAGUUUGUUAAACAACUGGGCAAAGAAGGGAAUGUAAUGGAAAUUUGGGGAUCACUUCUUGGAGCUUGUAGACUUCAUGGACCCAUUGAACUGGGAGAGGUUAUUGCCAAUAAGUUACUUCAAAUGGGCUCAGUAGACAGCAUGGCAGGCUAUAAAGUUUUGCUCUCCAAUAUGUAUGCUGAAGAAGCAAACUGGGAAAGUGUUGAUAAAUUGAGAAAAGAGAUGAGGGAAAAGGGUCUGCAAAAGGAAGUUGGCUGUAGUUGGAUUGGUAUCGGAGGUCAUGUAAUCCAUUUUAUGUCUAAAGAUAAGGAUCACCCUCAAUGUGAUGAAAUAUAUGAAAUGUUGGAAAGAUUGGCAUUGGAGCUGAAAGAUACUGAUCGUAAUCCUUCUCCUGGGAGCAAAUGUUCAACUCUGCCUAUGGGAGCUUAGCAAAACAGAGUCGGUCCUAGGCCUGGAAAAAGGAGAAGAGUUGUGGUAGGUUGAGGCCAGCGUAAAACUCAGUCAAUUCUCAUGUUAUGGAUCCUUUUGAUAUAAACUGGGACAAAUGUUGUAUGGCUGUUACUGAGGCAAAAACAUCAUGUAGCAUCUCUUGCCCUGUCUUUAUCCAAGAGCAAAAGCUUCUAAAAUGUUCUUGUUACUCCACAGCAUAAAAUUGUGUGCAACAAACUUUGAAGUCUCUCAUCAGGGUACUCAGCAAAAAAUCUGUGUCAUCCCCUGCAUUCCUGGCCCAUUGUGCAUCUACAUGAUAUUUCCUUAAGAUAGAAGGUAUGAAAACUCCGGAAAGAGGAUGUCUGGGCAAGAGUAAUCCUGAUCCUGCAGGUGCUACUCUUAUUAGUCCUUUAUCUUUCCAUAAGUAAUUGCUUGCUUUCUUUUCAUUAUGUAAUAGAUUACAUCAGGUGAAAUUUCAUUCUUUCUUAACAUUAUUAGUUCUUUUUCUUUUUUGCAUCAAUUACAUUUGGUGGAAGUAAAAUGUUACUUUAAUGUUUUUCCACAUAAUGCGCUUUGGGCUCAUGUUCAAAUUCA